AUUGAUUAACUUUCAUUCUCAUUUACUAAUAUUGAACCUUAUUCAACAAUGAGAUUAUUAAUCAUCUAUUUUAUCAGUAUUAUUUCAGGAACCAAACUUUUCGAAAGGGAUGAUGACUGUAUCGAAAUCUGUACCAAGGCACAUGCUCUUAUUAAGCCAUGUUAUGAUUUAGCCCAUGACCACAUUGAGUUCAGCAAAUGCAUCUGUGAAGACGAAAAAUAUAGGAAAGCACUUCAAGAAUGUGCACAAAACUGUGCCGAUGAUACUGAUUAUGAAUCUGAACAGGAAGAUUAUGAAGAAUCAUGUAGGGACUUUAUGAAAAAUUAUUCUUCCUUAAAAUCGCUUGUUGGCCAAUUUUCCACUCCAACAAGCACCCAUGGUACUACUAAUUUAAAGUCAGCAACAACUGAGAAGGAUACGUCUACAAGGGCAACAGCCAGUGGAAAGGAUACCACUACAACAACCGAGAAGACAAGUUCUUUGACAACUCAAUCCGAAUCAAGCUCCAAUUCUCAGGAAACCACUGAAAAUAGUUCAACAAAGGGGUCAGCCGUUGGGUUAACUAUUGACUCUUUGGUCUAUUUGCUUGCAUUUUGUUUGAUUUAAAUUUUUUCAAAAUAAAAUUAUGUAAUUUUUAUCUUUUGUUUUAACAACCUCUUUUAUGCGUUUACGUAGUUAUUUAAGUAGUAAAUAAAAUGAUUGUUUC